AUGUGCUUUGACACAUAUGUUAUUGUAGGACCGCCAGUGUUUGUUACCAAACCGAGCACGCAACGAGUGAAACAAGGUGAAACAGCCUUGUUCAAGACACAAAUCGAUGGAUGGCCGACACCAAAAAUGAGUUGGCUUCUCAAUGGCAAACCACUGAUCACGAAGGAAGACAUUCAAGUGCAAUUCGAUGAUAAGACUGGUCAAGCGAACUUGACCAUUCAAAACGUCGAUCUAAAACAACAUGCAGGCUCAAUUAUUUGUCAUCUUGAGAACCUACAUGGGAAUCAAGAAGAAACUGUUCAACUCGAUAUUCUCGUUGCACCAAAAAUUGUUACACAGUUGCCCCAAGAACAAGAAACUGUGAAUGGACAAGAUGUCAUGUUGAGAGUAAUUGCACGAGGAUCACCACAACCACAUGUUCAAUGGACGUUCAAUAAUAAAUUCACUGUGGCGGAGAAUGCAUCAGUAAAUGAGGUAAAGAAUGAAUAUCAGCUGUUGAUCAAACAAGCAACAGUAGCACAAAAUGAAGGAAUAUAUCAAGUAGUGUUGAAGAACGAAGUUGGUGAAGUAUUGUCGACACCAUGUGCUGUUACAGUACUGGGACCAGUGAAAUUGACAAGAGUAAGACCAACAGCGGAUAUAAUUGACUUGAAAAUUGGUGAAAAAUUCGAGAUCACUGUGGACAUUGACGUGAAUGACAAGGAAAUAUUACUGGUAAGCUUGAAUGCAUUUCCUUACUAA